UCUCUGUCCCCCAAACACUCAGAGUAGCCAGAGAAGUGAAAGAGAAGUGAAGGAUCAACAGGCAGCUUGAACAUUUGCUGCUCUCUGUUGCUACACACUCAAACUAGCAGAAAGUCUAUGAAGAAUGGAAAUGACUUUGGUUACUUGGCCACCAAGACAACUCGCUGUCAUGUGGAUGUAUUUCAGUCGACUCCUGUUGUUGAUGCUCUAAACAUGGCAAGUCUCUCAGCACGGAGCCCGGGGAGACUGUCUGGAGAGGAUUACCAGGGCCAAAAAUGAAAUUACUUUCAGUUUUGUAGAGGAGAAACGCCUGCAAACAUGAACCCAGAAUCUCUGGACUCGUCCAUCCAGGGUGCCCUGUCGGCUCUCUUCCCGCCUUUCGAGGCCACAGCGCCCAUCGUCCUCAGCCAGCUGUUUCGCACCAUUGAGGAACGUUACCACGGUGAUGCAUUACAGUGCCUGCUGGACUUCCUCAUCCCUGCCAAACACCUGCUGGAAAGUGUCCAACAGGCAGCCUGUGCUGGAUACUCUGAUGUGGUUUUCCGCUGUGAGGGCUGGCCUCUGUGUCUCCAUGAUAAGACCGUCGUCCAGUUAGCAACUGUGAACCCUUUGCUGCUGCGCCCCGGAGACUUCUAUCUACAGGUGGAACCUUUCGGGGACCAAGCAGCUCGCGUUGUCCUGAAAAGUCUUCUGGAGGAGGGCUGCCGAGAAGUGGAGGAGACCCCCGUCCCUGAGACUUCCUACCCCUGCAUCUUCACAGAGGAAUGGCUGCAGGAAAUCAAUGAAGGACGCCAGGGAACUCCUCUGUCACGUUGCUUGCUUUGCACAGAUCAAGGAGUAAUCAAGUUGCCCUGGGCUAAAAUCGCCAUCCCGGAGUUUUUAGACAAGCCUAAGAUCAUGCCAACUUACAGGGAAGCUCCUCCUGAGCCAAAACAGGUCACAGUUCCUUCCCAUUUCAACUCCUCCACCCUCCCAGUGGAAGCCAUUUUUCUUUCUUCAAAAGAAAGGAUGCCAGCAUCUUUGAGACCUGUGCACUGUUCCUCAAAACUUGUCAAAAUGGAUCACGACAGACGAACCCCCAAAUCGUGCUCCAGGCCUUUAAUUAAGCCUGUGGGUUUGGUCUCUCCUAAUACUUGGGACAGUCGCAACUAUCGGGAGAUUGAGGGCGAUUAUGUAGACCUGGUGGAUGUUGCCAAAGGGAAUGAGUUUGUGGAUAAACAAAGAGGCAGCCAUCCAGAUCCACACAAUUCAGUUUUGUUCAAACCUGUCAGACCAGCACCACCUGUGCCACUUGGGAACAGUGUUCCCUGUGGACGCACCCUUCAGUAUGCAGAGGAGCCUUGCACACCAUGCAGUCAGAGAAGGCUGGGGCAUGAGCUUACUGAACAAGACUUAAAGUGCAGGUACAGAGACUCGUAUGUGGCAGCACUGAGAAACCCGGUUGCUUUUGAGAGGGGGAGUGUAGACCUCCUGGCUGCCCUAGAGGAGGUCGGUCUCUGUGAAGAGGCAGAGUUAAGAUCCAGGGGUGCAUUUGAAGCUCAAAGAGAUGAACCUGGAAACUUUUGUAACCACUGUAAUAAGCCUGUGAUAAGUAACGAGCUCUCUCAGUUCAGACGCUGCUGUGAACCAACACCUGAAAGCUUUGCGUCUCACCUCAAAGACCUUCCUAAGAGUUCUGAGUCAGAAAACCUCAUGAAGGAAUCACCCAAGAUUUUGAAAUCAACCCCUGGUUUGAGCCACAGUCACAAAGUUCAGAUGAAACUUAUUUCCCACCAAUUAGGACAUAAUGCAGGUGUGAAUUCAGGAUCAGAUGGUGACGUUAAACCACAUCAGAACGUGGAGGUUGUGAAACCAUCGGGAAAGCACAAAGUUAAGGUUAGGUCUCUGUCCACUGUGUCAGAAACGCCUAAAGGGAGUCCGCUUCUCUAUAAACUCAACAACAGAAGCCACAGUGACAUCUGCCCCGAAACAAUCACCAACAUGAUGCAGUGUAAGAAAGGUGAACUGCUGGAUCAGGUGACUCUGAAGCUGGAAAGACUAAAGUCCCCUAAAAAAGACUCCCAGUCAAGUAGGAGUGAAACUCCCUCUGCCACAAAUGGACCAGACCCAAAACUCCAUAACUCAAAGAUAGAGAGGCCAUCCUCUGCACAAGUUGAGCUUCCUUCUGCAAGUUGUGACACUCCUCAGUCUCCACAGACAGACGGAUCAAGUUUGAGAGGCAUUGCUGAUCUGCUUGAACUAGGCAUCAUUACUUUGCCAGGCAGCAGGGACAGGACAGGCAGGGCAGUGGUGGAGGUCCAUGGAGGCAGACUUGAGUGGACGUCCCCUCUGGUGUCAGCCCAAAAUGUCUGUGAAUUAUUGCUCUACUUACACUCCAUACCAAGGAAAGAAGUUCGAGAGCUGGGAAUGACUUUGGUUAUCAAUGCCAGGAAGAAGCCUCCUUCACUUCACCUCUACAAAGCUCUGCUGAUGGCUCAGGAGCAAGCUCUCCAUGCCGUCCACAGCACCGUGAUGCUGGUGGACAAAGACACUUGUCCUCGACCUGAAAAACAGCCAGGGUUACAGAUGGACAUGGUGACUUCUAUGAAAGCCCUCAACAAGACAGUUGAAGCUUCCCAGCUGACCUCUGACCUGGGAGGUACCUUUACUUACAGUCAUGCUGACUGGCUGCAGUUCCAUCAGAGACUGGUUUCCUUCAUGACUGACCUGCGAGGUGCAGACAGCUUGUUGCAGAAGGCCAUCAAGAAAGUGGAUGGCAGCAAAAAAAUAGACACCGCCCAGGAAGUGCAACAGUGCAUUCAGGAACAGAGGGCCUCAAUGAAAGAGGUGCUGGAAGACACUCGACUGGUAACCCUGCAAAGAGAGGGUGGGGCUGCGCUGGCCAGGAUGAGGAGGGAGGAGUUCAGAUUUCCUCAGUCUGAGGACUACAGAGAUGCUCUGGAGUCAGUGACGAGUCUGUACAACCAGGUGGAGGAGAAGCUCCACACGCUGGUAAUGAGAUCAAAUGAGUCACUGCAGCACCUGGAGUUCCUCUUCAGGCUCAGGGAGAUGGAGGCCAAAAUUAGCACGGCCGCGAUGUGGUUCAGUACGGACGGCGAACAGACACUGAAGGACUCUUACACAACAGAUGAGACCCUGGUGUGCACUGAAAAGGCCUUGCAGCACUUUGAUUCGUUUCUCACUGAGUCCAAGGAGAAACAACAAUACGCCUUGACCCUGGUGACGGAGGCAGAGGGAGUUGUUGGUAUGAGUGAUUCCAGUCCUGCAACAGAUGUUUUUCUCACUAUGGUCAGCACUUUCAAAUCCAAUAUGGAUGAUUUUAUGUUGCGGGUAGAGCAGAGGCACAAAGAACUGGACACACUGGUGCAUGUGCACCGCUUCUGUCAACAGGCGUCUGCCCUGGCCAAGGAAUGCAGUCAUUUUUUGGAGCAGGUAGAGCAGGGGUGUUACUCAGCUCAGACGCUGAGCACACUCCAGAUGUAUGAGGAGAGAUUAGGUGGCGAAUUCUCCACCCCGCACCUCCAAGCUCUGAAAGCUAAGGCCUGUGCUGUGGGAUCAGGGGCCUCUGGGGUGAUGAGAGUGUGGAAUGCAGCCUGGGUCCAGUGCCAAGAAGUUAGGCAGCAUCUUGAGGAGAUGCGAAAGAAGGAGAAAGGCACAGAUAAGGACCAGAUCCAGCAGACAACAGCUGCAAACCCUCAAGGGGAUGAUGGUGGAAUGGAAAAGGAGGAGAAAAGGGGUGAGGUGGGGGAGGAUGACUGCUCCCAGACCCUGCAGCUGACCUCUCAGGAAGAGGUAGUCAAUAUUUCAGAAAGUGAAGGAGAAAGCACCACUGCUGCAUGCCUCAACCGCCAUUUAAAACUCGACUCGAAAGUGAUCGAGAAUGGAGAAUCCCAAAUGCAGAAAUCACCUGAAGCAGCAGCUAAAAAUGAGAAAAUGACUCCUGUUUUCCCCCAAAACACUGACUGUCAUCCAGAAGACAAACGGAGGCCGAGAGGGCACCACAGCGAGGCAGAUCUGAGGAGCGCGUACUCAGUUGAAGGGGGCGCUGAUUUUAAAUUGCACCAACCUUUAGGUCGGUCCCUGAGCGAGGGCUCGUGUGUGAGCUCUUAUAUAAAGAGCAUCACCGGCUUUUCACCUUUGAAUGUAAGACACAAACACUGUCAGAGCAGAACACAGCCACUGGAACAGAAUCUGCAGCCCGUCCAAAAUCUCCCAGUUUCCCAUAACGAGAGUUUAUGUACAGGAAUCCUGAGCUGUGAGUCAAAGAGAGACAGUAAUGAAGAGGAGGGUGGAGGAUGCAUAGUCUCGCAUCAGAGCCCUAAAGAGUCAAGGACCCCAGAGACAUUAGUCAUGGCAACAGAAGACAAUGGCAGCAAUGUUUUGAAACUGCGGAGGAUCAUGGAGGAAUUGCUGUCCACAGAGAGGGAGUACGUGAAGGCUCUGGGUUACGUUCGAGAGCACUACUUCCCCGAGCUGGAGAGGCCCGACGUCCCUCAGGACCUCAGGGGCCAGAGGGGGAGCAUCUUCGGCAACUUAGAAAAACUCCAUGACUUCCACCGACAUCAUUUCCUGGAUGAGCUGGAGAGCUGCGUGAAUGAACCCUUCAGAGUGGGACGCUGUUUCCUACGACAUAGAGAGAACUUUGCCUUGUAUGCCCUUUACAGCAAGAACAAACCACAGUCUGAUAGUCUUCUCAUCAAUCAUGGGCAGGCUUUCUUCAAGCAAAAGCAGCUGAAGCUGGGAGAUAAGAUGGACCUGUGGUCGUACCUGCUGAAGCCCGUGCAGCGGAUCAGUAAGUACAGCCUGCUGCUGCAGGACAUGGUGAGGGAGUGCGGUCCAGGCCAAAUCAGAGAGAUGGCUGAGGUCAAGGCCGCACUGGAGGUCAUCCAAUUCCAGCUCCGCCACGGCAACAACCUGCUGGCCAUGGACGCCAUCCAGCAGUGUGAUGUUAAUCUGAAGGAGCAGGGGCAGCUGAUACGCCAGGAUGAGUUCUUGGUUACAUUCAGGAAGAAAAAGUGUUUACGCCACAUAUUCCUCUUUCAAGAACUCAUUCUCUUUAGCAAGACCAGAAAGACAGAUGUAGGAAAUGAAACAUAUAUCUACAAGCAGUCAUUCAAGACGUCAGAUGUAGGCAUGACCCAGAACAGUGGUGACAGUGGCCUGUGUUUCGAGAUCUGGUUCAGAAAGAGGAAAACCCAGGACACAUACACACUUCAAGCAGUCAGCCGGCAGGUGAAGGAAGCCUGGACCAAGGACCUGGAGCGGAUCCUGUGGGAGCAGGCAGUACACAACAGAGAGGUCCGUAUGCAGGAAAGAGUGUUCAUGGGUAUCGGAAACAAGCCUUUCAUGGACAUCCAGCCCAGUGAUGCCGCUAUCAACGACAGAGCCGUCAACUAUGUACUGAUAGGAAGAGAAAACAGGGUGCUGUCCUCUGUGGGAUCAUGUGGUUCACAGGACGGGCUUCCCGGGGGUCGGCCAAAAUCUCUUGGUUCAGGAAGCAGUUCGUCUUCCUCCUCUUCCUCUGGUAGAGGUUCCCUGUCCCCGGUGGGAUAUCUGUGUGGGCCAAAGCGGAGGGGAGUUGCAGGGGGCCUUGGAGGAUAUGUAUCGCCUCCUGGAGCUCUGGAGGAGGAUGACCUGGACCAUGAGAGUGGGAGCCACAACUUAUUGUUGGACAGCUCUGAGUCAUCAGGAGACAGUGUGAGUGGCUUCAGCAGCUCCAGUCACAGCUACCACUCUGCUAUUGGAGGAGAGGCAGAGGAAACCUCCCUGGUCUCUGCCUCUGUGAUCACUGUUAAGGAAGCAGUGGUUGCUCACGGCUCUGAAGCCUCUGCGGUCUUCCACAAACCAAAUGCUCUGGCAGGAUCCCCAGAAAAAAUCCAACCACCAGUUGCACCAAAGCCCAAGACCAAACCACAAUACCAGGCCAAGGAUCUGCCUUGUGGCAAGGUACAGACCACUAGUGUUGGAAAAUCCACUGAGGUUUGACCUAUGAUACGGUACAAGAUUUGGAGGCAACCCAAGAAAAGCCGUCUGUUGGUGUCAGCAUUGAAGAUGAAACUGUUUCAACAGACAUCCUUUUAUACCAGCUGUCACUGUAAUCCAUUACCACUCUGUAAAUAGACAUUCUUUUAUAAUCUUACCACUAAAACAAUAGGUCGGAAGGUGCCUGUGAAUGUACUGUACUUAAACGGCGAUACAUUUUUAAAAUGCGUAACUGACAUGGCAUUCAUAGUGCACUGUAAAUCAGUCUACUUUCAUAGCUUAUGCAAAGUAUGAUAGAGUUGCUGCGGUUUAACUAUUUAUAACACAAUGCUAAACCUUACAGUAGUCAAAGAAUGUGGCUGAAUAAUCCUGACGUGCCUCCUCCUGAUCCCAGAGGGGUUUAUUAAAAUCUUCUGGAGGUCUGUGAAGAAUUGUGUCACAAAGAGAGUAGACUUCAUGAUGCUGUCUAUUAUGUCCUAUAUGUACUGACUUGUGUACAGAUUUAUCAGACUUCAUUACCAUACACGUUUCUUACUUGUUUCCAUUGAAAAUAAAACACAUUCACUCUGUUUUUUCUUUGCGUUAACUGUUUUGUAUAAUCUAACAUGUUACUGGAAUGGAGGCAUGUAACACUUGUAUGUCUUUGUAUUCGAAAUACAGAACUUUUGCAGUGA